AGGAUGAAGGGUUCGUUUAUUCGAUCGGAAGCCAAAAUCACCUAGUGUCGAUAAGAUCCAGGAAAACUUUCUUCAAGAAGCGAACGCAGAUUUCUAAUCUGACGGUGAUAAUUCUUUGCUUCCUGGUGGGUUCCUUGUUCAUAACAGUUGUCGUGCUUGCAGUACUUUAUGCACGCAAGAGCAUGGUGAAGAUAUGUGAUAGCGAGGAUUGCGUGCGAGUAGCGGCUAGUUUGAAGGAAUCUAUGAACGUAUCGGUAAAUCCUUGCGAUGAUUUUUAUCAAUAUGCAUGCGGCAGAUGGUCGCAGGAACAUCCCGUCCCGGAUUCCAGACUGAUGAAUUCUUGGUUUAGCGAGCGCCGCGACCGCGUAAUCGGAAAGAUAAGAGAUUUGCUAAAAGUCAAUAUGUCUGCCAGCGAAGUACCCUGGGCAGUGAUGCAGGCCAAGACUCUGUUCACCAGCUGCAUGGACGUGCAUACCAUAAACGAACUCAAUUUGUCGCCAUUAUUCUAUUUGUUGGAGUUAUUAAAUUUGCCCCUGUUGCCUGCGUUUGUUACUAACACAACGACCAAUUACAUAGAGCAACUCGCUACGAUAAAAAGAACUUUGGGCUACGACGUUUUCUUUGGCUUCGGUCUCAUGCCUGAUCCUAAGAACAGGAGCAGAAACAUAAUGGUCUUUCAGUUUCCGGAUCAUUCCAAUCCUUUUCCCGCCGAUAAAGAAGUGGAGAAGCGGUUGCGAACCAUCAGAUCGCAACUACGAAAACGAGGUGAUUUAGAGAAUGAAGCUAUGUUGACCGAGAUCGAAGACGCCGAAGUCACCUAUAUGACUGAUGUUAUUAAAGAAGUCAUCUACAAUGGCACUGUUAAUGAAUGUACCUCGGAAGAUGAAUUGAUAAUGGACAAUAAUGAAUUGGAAGAAUUUGUUCAUAUGCUUUAUAACCUAAGCAACCUUAUUUAUUACGUAGGACGUGCAGAUCAAAAUAAGAGUAUUUCCUUAGAAAGCUUGAGCGAUGACGAUUUUCUGAUGGUAGACGAUUUACAACAGUUGACAGACGAGUAUGUAACGGAUACUAAUUCGUCUUUAACGCCUAAACUGAUUUGGCGGCCCUUCAUUGAAUCCCUUUUCGAAGGUAUCGUUACGUUGAAUCUUGACAAGGAUAAAAUUCUCAUCGGUAAUUUGGAUUAUAUGAAAAAAAUGGCAUUGGUGUUAACUGUUUACGAGGAGAAAGAGCUGGAAAGCUACAUUUGGUGGGCCAUUGUGAAUAUUGUGGUGCCCCACUCGUCCAACAAGCUCAAGGAAAUUUGGAACGAGUAUGUGAAUGAGUUAACAGACGUGGAAGUAGGAAAGUCACAGUCGUUGCUUUGUACGUCAGUUGUCAAUAAAUUAAUGGGAAUGGCGGUAUCACGGCUGUACGUAGAUCCCACAUUUCACAAUAAGAAAGCCAAUGAAGUAUUGGAAAUGCUAGACGAUAUAAAGGAGGCGUUCGCCUCGCUUGUCAUUAAUACAGAUUGGAUGGAUCAGUCAACGAGAGAAGCGACACUUGAGAAGAGCCGAAAAAUGGAAUCCGAAAUUGGAUUUCCCACGUGGCUCUUCAAUGAGAAGAAGCUCAACGAGUAUUACGAAGGCAUAGACCUGUCGGAAACGAAAUAUCUGGAGAACAUGAUGCAAAUCGUUCAAUUGCAAUGGAAUACCACGUGGACGGGCCUAUAUGACGAUAAUUUAUUCAACGAGUCAUACUGGGCAACUGACCCUACCGAUGUAAAUGCAUUCCACACGAUUCAACUUAAUCAUAUAACCAUACCUGCCGGAAUUCUUCAAUUCCCAUUUUAUGAAUUGGGUCUUGAGGCCUUAAAUUACGGCGCCAUCGGCAUGGUGCUUGGGCAUGAAUUAACUCAUGGAUUCGACAAUAGCGGUCGACAUUUCGACGGCGAUGGAAAUCUCCGGCAAUGGUGGACCAACGAGACCAUCUCGGAGUACUCGGACAGAACUCAGUGCUUCAUAGAUCACUACGAUACAUAUUACGAGAAUGAGGUCGACGAUUACAUCAACGGCAAACGGACCUUGGGCGAGAACAUCGCCGAUAAUGGCGGCCUUCACGAGGCCGUCGUCGCUUACGAAAGAUGGAAGACUCGGCACGGUCGGGAACCGCUACUUCCAGGAUUCACGCAAUUUACGCAUGAGCAGUUACUGUUUCUUUCUUUCGCGCAUUUGUGGUGCGAAUCUUAUACUGCUACAUCACUGAAGUGGAUGCUGGGAGAUUCUCACUGCCCCCGUCACGUCAGAGUGCAAGCUGUACUAAAAAAUUCCAAGGAAUUUAGCGCCACGUGGAAUUGUCCCGCAGGAUCGAACAUGAACCCGUCGAGAAAGUGUCACGUGUGGUAACAACUGCGUCUUCAACGGAUCAAAAUACAAAGUUAUUUAAUAUCGUUGAUCAAUCAAAUGUUUAUUAUUUUGUGAUCUGGAGUCAGUAAAGCUCACGUGCAAAGCGAUAAUAAUCCAGCGUUAAAUUAAAACAAUUAAUUUUUCAUCUCGUGAGACUCAAAAUUACAAUAAUGUAAGAACAAUAUU